AUGUCGGUCAUCGACCAUUUCAACUCUCGAUUUGAGAGGCAGAGUAGACCGUCAUCGCCUGAUCUUCGUCAGAACUAUGGUAAGGACAUUUCUGAGGAGCAAAAGAGUAAUCAUGAGAAAGAAGUAGCACCCAAUGAUUCUCGUGCCCAGUAUCAGAAGGAAGAUAAUUCUGGCGUCAAACGAAAGAGAGUGUUUGAGGAAGAUGAAGAUGCAAGGAGGAUAGAACGGACUCGCUAUGGAGGCCCGACUGGUGGACAUUUAGAGCCUGAUGAUACUGGAAAUGCCGCAAUUCAAACAGGAACAAACCCUGGCUCGUCAGUUGCUACUUGUUCAGAGGAGGAAAUGGAUGGAGAUGAGGAGAUACCUCCACCAAAAGCAAGUGAUUACGAAGUGGUCGACUUCAUCCUUCUAUGCAAAAUUUGCAACAAGAAGGUAAAGGGUUCCAAAGUCGACCAGCACAAUAGUUCGGUCUUGCAUAAACACCUGGCAAAGGCCAAGAAAUACCAGAAAAUCACAAGCAUGGUAGGAUCAACAUCGAAUGGUCGGACUCUGGACCUUCCAAGAAUGAACCCACCUCUUUCUCCCCCUCACUCCUCUGACGCGAGGCAUGCGCCAAGUCCACCUUUGAAGAAGCGAAAGAAAAAUAGCCUGCCAGCUGCACGGAAUAUCAUAGUGUUUGAAGAUUCGGAAGCUCCUAUCUCGUCAACAGACUCCAGUCAGACAAGCUUUCACUCAUUUCCUUCGAUCGAGCCAGACAGCUCGUUUGAUCAAGAGAAUGUCCGGUCAGCUGCCGUCCACCAUCCAACUCCAGUCGCGGGUGGAAAUACCAGUGACAAUAACGACGAGCCUGACAGCUCUGAAACGGUGGGCCGCGAAACGCUUAGUGAUAUCACCCACGACCUCAAUACCACACUUCGACGUGGUAGAAAGGGUGGUGCACGUCGUCGUCGUCGUGGAGUCGUCGAUCCCACCGCGCCACGCAUGGGGCAGAGUACGCAGACCCCCGCCGCAACGAUUAGUGGUGGUAUCUCAUCACGGUAUCCUGCACGCGUGCAUCGGAGACCUCAAGUUGUAGUACAAGACUCCCAAGAAACAAUAAAUGAAGACGAGGAAGAUGUGGAUAUGAGCUUCGACGGCGGCUCCUACGUCACACAGACCGCACGAAGACAAUCACCUCGACUAUCAACACGCCGCCGUCGUCAAGACCGACCAACGGUACUUGGCUCACGCCGACAGUGA